ACAGUUGCAUUCAAUUUAAUCAAACAGUUAUAAAGACACUGAUCAGUUCUUCAGACUGUUUUGGUUUUGAAGGACUGAGGAGGAGGGAGAAGGAGUGGGUUUAGUAGACCGAAGUUCAUUUGGUGUGGUUAAUGUAAAACACCUUGUUAGACCCUCUCAGCUGAAGCUAAAGUAUCUUUACAGAAGAGCUGAUGGGUCUGUGCGGAUUCUCUUCUGCUCGCUCGGUUUUAUUCCUGAUGCAGAGACAGAAAAUACAUCGUCAUUUUUUAGUAAAGCUUCCUGGAGUUAGUGGUCAGGUGAGAUGGCGAGGAACCUGUGGACCUGUUCCAGUUUUAACAGCCACGCCGACCCGUGCUUUAGUCGACGAGCCGGUGAAAUUGAAGGGGUAUCAUCUGCCCCCAAACUCACCUGUAACCAUGAGAGCGAGGAUGAUGAGUGAGGAUGGAGAUUUGUGGCAGUCCAUGUCUCAUUACCACAGUGACGAGAACGGCGUUGUGGACUUGACCAAACACUCCUCGGUUGGUGGUUCUUACGUUGGCUGUGAGCCCAUGGGACUUUUUUGGAGUCUGCAGCCUCAACAGAAACCCCUUAGGCUGCGGAAGUUAAACGUGGAGACUCCGUUCACAGUGAACGUGUCCAUGCUGGAAGGCCACGUUUCUCCAGCGAAUCCGUCUGAAAAUCAGCAAACGACGGGAGAGCGUGAGCUAGCUGCAGUAUCGCUUCAGCGCUGGUACAUGGCGCCCGGUGUGAGGAGGAUAGUAAUACGGCAAAACCAAGUGGUGGGAACGUUGUUCCUCCCUCCAGGUCCUGGUCCAUUUCCUGCACUGUUAGAUCUUUGGGGUUUGGGGAGAGGUCUGGUGGAGUAUCGUGCUGCUCUGCUCGCUUCACGCAGUUUCGCCUGCAUGACGUUGGCAUAUUUUGAUCAUGAAGACCUUCCUGGCCCCCCCAAACGCAUCAAUGUGGGAGAUUCCUACAUGAAGGCAGCUUGGCAGCUUCUGAAAGAUCACCCACAGGUCUGUGAGGACAGGAUAGCCAUCAUGGGAAUUUCAUUCGGGGUCCUGGUAGCUCUGCGGAUCGCCACGUAUCCCUCCGUGCAUCCCAGGUGUGUGGUUUGUAUUAAUGGACCAAUCGGCAGCAUCAGCAAAAUAUUUAACGAAGAUGGAGAAAAUGCUGACGGAGAGCAAACACACUGGGGAUUUAACGAUCAGGGCUUAAGUUUUCAGGAGGUGUCGAAGCCCUGUAAUGUUCCACCUGAGAACUUUGUUCAGGUGGAGAAUCUGCGCUGCCCCGUGAUGUUCAUUGUUGGAGAGGACGAUCUAAGCUGCGCCUCAGAGGAGAAUGCAGACGAGGUUGAGAGAAGACUGGGCGCUGUAGGUAAAUCUCACCUGGUGACACUGGUCUCGUACCCCGGUGCUGGUCACCUGAUCGAGUGUCCGUACACGCCCACCUCACGCUCCUCCAUCUUCUCCAACCGACCCACUCCAAUGAUGAUUGUGUGGGGAGGAAACCUGGCACAACACGCAGUCGCUCAGGAGGACUCAUGGCGGCGCAUCCUGGCGUUUUUGGAACAACACUUAAGAGAGGAAGGCAGGACUUAAGUGUUAAGUUAACGAGCCUCGUGCUUACCGAAAUAGAGAAUGCAAUCGUAAAUAUGUUAUAAAUUUGCUGCUAGAAAAAUGGUGUGUGCACAGCGGUACAGAAAAGUCGUUCUGUUAGUGCGUAUCAGUCACACUAAAUGAUUUCAGGUCAUUAAAGAAACACGAUAUUUUAAAACACUGUACUUAUAAAACACAAGGAAACCACAGGAAGCAGGAGCCACUUUCAUAUCAUGAUGUUCUGCACCUCUACCUCACGUGUCCUCUGAAAUAUAGUGCUUUUGUACCGAGGUAAACACUACAACUUUUAAUAAAUAUAGUGGACCCCCGCGUGGAAGCUCUACGCUGUAUAAA